CAUACAGUGAUGACAUCUUGAAGAUCACUGAGAUGAUGGUGUCUGUCUUCGUAAAAGCUGUUCAUCCAACCUUGUGGUGAAGGACACAGCCAGAUACAAUUAUAGCCCUGCCUUUGUGUACUGUUAACAAAAGAGGUUAGGAAAACAUGUUAGUAACUCUCACUUGGCAUUAUUAGAUGCUGAGAAAGCUUUUUUUACAGAGCUGGGGAAAAAUUGGCUUGUUUUUAAUGCUGACCUUGGAAUCGCUGAAUAGUAGCUUACUUUUUUUUAUCAGCUACAAUGUGGUGAGUUUUGACAGGAGUUAUUAGAAGAUUCCCAAUGAUGUUCUUAUGUGGAGAAAAAAAGUAGCUUUUCAGUUCAAUGUCUUCUUAUGUAUCAAAAAAAAUCUAUUUUAAGAAAAAAUAUAUAUAUACUUGGCUGUGGUACUUCAUUAAACAUCUCAAAUCUUAAAGUAUCUUAGUCAUAUUUAAACAAAGUUUCUCUUCAUCUCUUAUGAGAUGCGCUGUCUGGGGAAAGAUAAACAAAGUUGUGAAAGAGCAUUGCAGUCAGAGUUGCCACCACAGUGAUUUCUCCAAAGCACAUCUUCCUGCUAGAAUGACUCCGGAUGCAUUCUGCCUAUAUUCCCCCUUUCUCAUGAAGAAAAAAGGUAGAAGCUGUUGCCAGUCCUGCUUUGCUUCAAAUAGUCUUAAAUGAAUGGGUAAUUGCUUGUGUCUAAAUUUCUGCAGUGAUGUGGUGGUCAGGGCAGGUGUCUUUUUUAAUCUUCUCAGGCACCAGCACUUUGCAAGCCCAUCUGCAUGCCCGUUUCUCGCAGUCAGUGGCAGUGCAUUGCUGACAGCUGGAAGCAGGGCCUUCGUGUUCACUUGCAAUAACCUCUCCGCCCACUACGUCUUACUCUGCACCAUGACCGUCCCAUGUAGCACGGUGUCCAGCAGCCAAAAAUAGAAAUGGCCUAGCUGUGGUGGGCUACAGAAGUUAAAGGUUGCCAUAUGUUCUAAUGCAUGUGGCUCUAGAUGUCCUCUGUUUGUGUUUGUUGGUGGGUUUUUUUGUUUUGUUUUUGAGACCUCGCUAAUUGAACACUGCCGGCUAUCUGCAGCCAGAGAUGUGGCUAAGCUUUUCUUUUUGUUUAUUGUGUGUUUUUUUGUUUUUGUUUUUCUCUCUCAAAUAACAUUUUGUGAUCUUGCAUCCCUACACAAGUCACAGUUCUCCCACCACGCCAAAAGCAGCUCCUUUGAAGCAACUCAUAAAUGUGUUUGCUGAAAUCAUGUUUGUAAUCAACAGCAGUGACCUGAGGCACUGAACAACAUUUAUUAUUGUGGUCAGAGAGAUGGGUGUGCUUAGCCUGAGUUUAUUCAAGAUGAAUUUAAUCAAUAUGUUUAUCCACCUGAAUUGCCAGGAAGGGCAAAUUUUGACCUUAACGGUAUAAGGAGAGGCAAAGAAGCCACAAAUCUUGACACUGGGGUAGCCAUGCUGGCUAGAAAGGGGGAGGAGCAGCCUGCAAGUUUCUCCCAUGCACAGCAGAGUCCCAGGAGCUGUGUGUUAUCUGCGUCUUUUCUUCAGUGGCAAGCUACAGAAGUUCCUACAGCUGGCCUUGGGACUCGCUGCCUCACAAAUCUCUGUGUGCUGAUCACUUUUCCCUUGUUUCCUCACAGGGGGAAAGGAUGACCAGAGAUGCUACUGCAAAUAGGAGAAAUUGAUUUUGUACAAUUUCCCCUACCACUAUUUCUGGUUUUGGUCCAUGGGUGUUACUUACUAGAUGUAAUAAAAUCAGCUUCCAGGCACAGAAACCUGUUUCUGCACUCUUUUCCACCACGUUGUCUUUCCCCUUCACAGCAUCCAUUCAUGACUCUCUUCUGCAUCCCCUUGUUAGUGCCCAGGUGAGAGCCAGUGGGCGGCCUGGUCUGGGGUCUGCGCAUCCCCCGGUGGCAGGUACCCAAGCAUCAGCCGCAAAAAACGUCUUUCCUUUUCAGCAUCCUGAGGGGAUGCAUUCUUCCUGGUUUUUGAAUACAGAAGAGAGAAAAACAAACAAACAAACAAACAAACAAAACCUCUCUACCAUAGGAACUUCAGAAAAAGUAAGAGCAGAAGAAAACAGCUUGUCCAGGGCUUCUUUGCUAGUCUCCCAGACUGAUUGUUAUAAGAGGCUUCUGUUAUCUGCUCACACAUCUGCUGAUGCAUCUGCUGGAAUGUAGUAUUAAAGACUUCAUAAUAUCCAAUAGUAUAUAUUUUAUAAUAGCAACUUACACCAGUAAACAACUAUGUAAACAGUAUCAGCUGAAGGAAGCACAAAGCUAGGUUAAGAUUAUUUAUGUUUUCAGUGAUUUCCUCCUGCUGUUUUGUAUUCUUUUAAUCCAGGAUUAAAUUCUAAUUGUGGCUAAGUACUCAGGAAGCUCAUCAAUUUGAAUGGAAGUUUUAGGAAGCCAACAUUUCUGAGGUUUGAAUGGGAAGUUAUGGGGUAUGAUUCUUACUAACUUGUAACUUCUGGAGGUUUUGUGCAAAGCAAGCAAAAAUUAAAUAAAUGGAACAAAGAGAGAAUCCAUUUCUUAGACGUGAUGAUAGACAAUGGGUUGCCUUGGGUUUUACACUCAUUUGUGCUGCCUUAUGUAAUCUCAUAUGAACACAUUAAGAUAAAAGUCUGUGUUUCUUCUUUCAUAGUGUGGAUGUUGGAGCUGAGUGUGAAAAGAAAAAGCAUUGUCUAAAAGGAAACUCACACUUUCCUCGAAGCAGUCAAAAUAAAUCUGCAUAGUUUCACACAGGGCAAAAAACGUAGAUGCAGUUAAGCAAGAGGUUUGUUUUUUCUGCAAUUUUGGUAAUAGAUCUUUGGUAUGAAGGAACAAAACUUCACUGAAGCCAAUGCAGCUCUAUCAUGCUGCUGCCUGUUCUAUGUAACCUGUAGCCUCACAAGUACAGUUAUCACCAUUGAUAGUUAUGCACUAACACUGCAGUAGUAUAGCAUGUCAGGCUUGCUUUUCAGAUCUCCUGUGCCUGCCUGGAAUGAUUUUUAGCCGGUUUCAGUGUGACAGCAGUUUGUUUUUUUCAAUCAGGUGACUAUUUCCUGAUUAGUUUUACUUGUUUUCACAGAUGUGAUAUAACCAGAAGUUUUGCAGAUAGGAGUAGCAGGUGGUCAUUUGGUGUAGAAUGAAAUGCUUGUGGCCCUGGCACAGCGUUACAGUGUAGGAGAGCACAGGCCAGGCCUGGCAGCAGGGGUCCCACUGGUGGUGCUACAGGAGGCAGUGGAGAGGCAUGAGGAUGUAGGGUGGUAGGAGAAGUUGGCACAGGACAUCAGGGGAGGCUUCAGGGCUUUGAGCAGCUCCACAGCCAACAGUUAAGCGUGAACCUGGAAGGAAGGCAAAACUGGCAUAGACAUAGAAAAGAAAAUAGAAAAGAAGUAUGCAAUGUAUGUAAGAUAUAUUCUAUAUAGUAAACUCAGUUGCAAUGUGGAGUUACAGACCAAAGAUAAAGAGCAAGGUGUAAAGCAUGAAGGAAAAUGUGUACAAAUGCUCCAAAGAGGACGUUAGAAUGAGAAGGAGGAAAGCAGCAGCUUCAACAUCAUGUUCCUCCUGGCAGGACUUACUUAGUCCAUAGAAUAUAACUUUAAGGUUCUCCUGUCAUUAAAGUCCUUUUGCUACGUGUUGCUUUCUUAUUGACUAAAUUUUUGUCUUUCCUACAGAGAGUGAUUUCUUCACGAGUCAGUGACAGUUCAUUUGAUGCACCUGCCUCUCACAGCAUACUUCAGAGUUUGGUAAGCAGAAAUGAACCAGGACAUUUGAACCAACAAGUAAGGAAUUGAUUUCACCUCAAGAAAAAAAUGUUUGUUUACAAAAAUUUGUAGGUGAAAAUGUCAUUUACUUUUAGCAGACAGCAAGCAAGCUUUGUAUUGAUCAUUAAUUGUGAAGAAUAGCUUCUGUUUUGAUCCUGUUUGUAAGUGGUAGUAUCUUCUUCAUUUUACAUGGUUCACCAUAUUUGCAGUGUCCAUAAACUCUGCAGUCAUAUGUUAUGACACAAACUUGUAUUUGAAGAAAAGCAAUAUUCCAGGUGCUCUCCUCUCUCACAUGCAGCACUGAACUGCCACUAUGAGACGUGCCCCAGUGACAGGACACCAAGGCAGCCACCAUUUUGAAGCAGGUUUGUCUAAAGCUGCCGUUAUAACAAGCUCACUAAGGAUGACUGGAAGGCUUUUAAGGCCAAAAAGACCAGUGUUGUUAGAACAGACACUACAAAUUACUUUUAAUACAGAAAAAUCUGUGCAAUUUAUGAUAGCAGGUUGGAAAUAUAAAAGCUUAAAUCUUGUAUUCCACCAACCUGUGUCCCACAGAGAGGCUCCUGCCUUCCAUCUGAAUUUCCACUUUUUCUUAGUGAUCUCACUUCCCUAGGACACUCUUUCUGUCAUCUCAGAAACCUGAUUUCCUGCUCCUUAAUGUGAUCUCUUGUGAACUCAUUCAGCUGCCUACAGGGUUUAGUUUUCUUUAGCAUCACCUAACCUGCUCAGUGUAAGUUCAGCUCAGAGCAGGGCAAUAAAAUAGUACAAAAGCCUCAGCCACCUGACCUGCACAACACACAUUUGCUUCUGCUGAAUCAUCUUCAUCCAAUAUAAAAGCAACAUAUGUUUGAAUCUGGGAGAAGGUCUGUUUUCAUACUAGCAUCAAUUGAAACACUGUGUUCCCUGAGAAAUUGUUAAUUUCAAAUUGUAUAUUGCAGUAAUGAGCUCUAAUGAAGCAUUUUUUUCUGACAGCUUUCAAGAUAGAGAAUAAGAGUAAAGUGUGAAGUAGAGCUGGCUAAACCCAAUAAACAUCAUGGCAGAAGCAUGUAUUUUACAAUAUAUUAAUUACAUGAUAUAUAUAAUUACAUGAUAUAAUCAUAUUCUUAACUGAAUUUAUCAAGUAACGUAACACAGAACUGAAAUGUGGUUCCAGCAUACAUCUACAGAGUGCAUCAAGUGCAUUGUACUUAUGGUAAGUGUCACAGGGGAAGGGAAUAGUCUAAGAUUAGAUGGACAUACAUAUCAUAAAUGGCACAGCAUAUUUCAUAUUAUAAUCAUUCUUCAAUUUUUUUAAAAAAAAAAAAAAAAGGAUGUGUUUUUUCUCCUAUAUGAUCAGAGGUCCCCACAAUGCCACCAGCUGAAUCUCAGCAAUGAAAGAACAGAUUCAGGUCUGCUUUCUUACAGGUAGACGUUCCAAGUAGCAUGCAGCAAGCACAGUCAUUUCCAUUAAACAAUUGGUAUGUUUUAAACAUUAAUACCCUGAUCUAAUGUUUAUAGGAGUUUUGAGUUCAUUUGUCAUUGGGAAAAUGCACAAAUUAUUUCAACAAGUGUAUUUUAUUGGAAGUGGUGAACAAAUAUAUAGUCUUAUUUUGGAAAAUAAUCUCUUACUGAUAUGAAUUGCAUUUUCUGGCUACCUCAGUGAAGUUCAUAGGCAUAACUCAUCAUCACAAGAUUAUUCUUUCCAAGACUAAGUACUAUCUUGUUGGAAAUUGAUUGGAUUUUUUAUUUGAUAUUGAUUAUAAUGAAAAAUGUGAAGUUGAAACCAAAGUAAUUUAUGAAAAAAAAUCAAUGUAGAGAUUUGCCUAGUAAUAUACCCUUGGAUUAGUUUGAAAUCCCCUUGAUUCAUACUUUUCAAAAAUUUCACAAAAUAUUAUGCCUUCAAAAUGCCCUCCAGCAUCUAUUUUUAUCUGCUUAUGGUAUAUGGUGUUAAACCUUUUGCAUAUUUUUCAUGUCUCACUUUCUCCUCUUUUGCCCCUAGUCCAAACUAUUUAAUCCCCGUGUAACAGGUAUCAUGCAAAAGCAGUGCUGUGAGAUCUCAUGCUAGCUUUUUGACAAAAUCAUUCCUUUGGCAACAUCCUAACUUUUUGGUGCUCCCCAGGGAAAACAGAUGCUUGUUAGAAACAUAUGACAUCAUAAAUUUCCUGUCACACACAGAUUUAAAAUCUUACUUUUUUUAUGAUGUACUGGGAAUUCUUGGUAAACUGAACUGUCAUGUAACUAGACUGUGUUUCUCAAGCCAGUCAAUAUUGCUGUGUUACGUGCCUUGCUGUGGUGGUAUAUAUGUCCCACUUAAAGAGGUUAGGGACUAGGGAUUAAAAGGCUGUCACACGUUUUAGCAGCCCAAAUAAGAGCUACCUGCUGGCUUAUAUACACUCUAAAUUGGCUUUGUGUUCCACCUCAGAGAUUAUUGGUUGGUUCAGUGUGGCUGUACCAUGGGCUUUGUUAACCUGUCAUGUCUUCACCCAAUCAUUUUAAUCAGGUGUCCUCAGGCAUCUGUGGUUUGAGAAGGUUUUUUCCUUCCUUAAUGUUCCAGGAAUGGCUUCAUUAAACCUUCAAGUACAGACAUCAAUAUUCAUUUCUUAUAUUCAUGGAAUCACAGAAUGGCUUGGGCUGGAAGGGACCUUAAAAAGAUCAUUUGGCUCCAACCCCCCUGCUGUGGGUAACGAUGCCUCUCACUAGGCCAGGUUGUCCAGGGCCUCGUCCAACCUGGCCUUGAACACCUCCAGGGAUGGGGCAUCCACAGCUUCUCUGGGCAACCUGUGCCAGUGCAUCACCACCCUUGGAGUAAAGAAUUUCCUUGUGUUCACCUGGAAAAUGAAACAAUAGGUACUGAUUAUAUUAGGUAGGUUUUACUUCCCCCAGUAGUGUAUUUUAUCCUGUAAGGAUCUCAGAAAGCCUUGCACAAAGGCAACUGAGGGACAGCAUUUCUAGAAGUGUAGAAAUGGCAAAAUUUCCCCUAAGGUCAUAUAUGCUCCAGCCAUGAAGCAACAAAAGUGCUUAAAAUAGAAGGUAAGAGUCCUGACUGUCAGUUGUUUUAUACAUAGCGUAGAAGCAGUCAGUUUUGCUAGUCUUGAAACCAUGGCUUGCUGAUGGUCUUAAAAUCCAAAUUCUGCUUUCAGUUGCCUCAGUAAGCUUGUUGGAUUUCAGCUGGUCUUGGGGAGUGUUCAGGGUUCAUCCCAGUCUACUUUCACAGCCAGCAAUUUGCCUUUGAGCACAAUGUGGCUGUUUCUUCUUGCUGCAAAGGGUUGCCCUCCAUUAUUAUUCAUCACACUUCCUUUAGCCUCCCCUCUUGAGGUGAGGUGGUUAUAACAUUUGCUGCUUCAGAGGAACUAAUUCAGACUCCAGUUUUGAAUUACGACUACAGGCAGGUUGGUAAGACAGACCAUAUUUGAAAUGCAAUCAUUGAUACCUCAGUAAAGACUGAAACUACUCCAAACUGACUCACUGAAAGCACAUGUAAUGUUUCUAGAAGAUCUCAUUUUUCAACAGGGUGGGAUAAUCCAACUGUACUUGGAAUGUGUAAGAUUGGCAGGUGCUUAGCAGUGUAAAAAUAAGAUUCACAGUUCUUAAGACAAUUUCCAGUACAGGUGGAAAACAAAUUUUCCCUUUAUUUAAAAUUAGCAAUUUGUUCUGCUAGUAAAGUAACUUCAUAGUUUACUACUUGUGCUGUAUUAAAGUCACAUUCUCAGAUGCACCUUCUUCUCUAAUCUCUCUGAGAUAUUUUUCCUCAAAAUGUAUUUAAAACUAAAACCCUAACACACUUUAGUGAUGACAAAAACAUGGAAGUAAUGGUAUUUCAUCAAUAUAUCAACAUACACUAUGCUUGUGGGUGUGCCUGUGAACCUGUAGGCUAUGUAGUAUCACUCCAUUUUAGAGGAGGUUGUCUUUUUGUCAGAUACACAUUCUUCAUUCAAGAUUUCUUCAUGUAGCAGUUACAAGGAUGUGAGGAAAUCUGCUACGUUUGGCUGUCACAGGUUCACAGGCUGUAUUAAUAGAUAGGAUUAGUGAAUAAGCACAGGUCUGAAGGCUGUAAAGCUCCUGUCCCUUGAGACUUCCUUCUUUAGGUUAUUAGUCUCAUUGAAGAGCUUCUCCGAAUAGCGGGAGCAGAAGCAGAAGAAAAGGCUGGAUUUAUUUUAUUUUCCCUGGCAUUUGAGAUAUACUGGGGUAAAGGCAAGUUCUGGGUCAUAGGCUUUGUUGAAAAUGUCUCUCCAGUCUCCACAGGCACCCUGGAGGAACAACAACAUCAGUUUCCUGAGCAGAGAGGCUGCUGUCACAGAACAAGGAGAGACUAUUAUAGGCUUCUACCUACUGGCUUUAGGUUGGCUGUCUUGGUUUGGAAAUAGCAUUGUGAUUUUUGUCCUGUAUAAACAAAGACAUCUUCUGCAGCCCACUGACUACCUCACAUUUAACUUGGCAAUAUCAGAUGCUGGCAUCUCUGUGUUUGGUUACUCACGGGGGAUCAUUGAAAUCUUCAAUGUUUUCAGAGAUGAUGGAUUCAUUAUCACAUCAAUAUGGACUUGCCAGGUUGAUGGCUUCCUGACACUUCUCUUUGGCCUGGCGAGCAUUAAUACCCUUACAGUGAUCAGUGUGACUCGCUACAUAAAAGGCUGCCAUCCUGAGAGAGGUCACUGUAUCAGCAACAGCAGUAUGACGGUGGCUCUGGUUCUCAUCUGGAUAGCAGCUUUCUUCUGGUCAGCAGCUCCAUUGCUUGGCUGGGGCAGUUAUACAGAUCGCAUGUACGGAACAUGUGAAAUAGACUGGGCAAAAGCCAACUUCUCUACAAUCUACAAGUCCUACAUUGUCUCCAUUUUCAUCUGCUGUUUCUUCCUACCUGUGACAGUCAUGGUCUUCUCAUAUGUGUCAAUUAUCAACACUGUCAAACUAAGCCAUGCAUUAACAGGACUCAACGAUCCCACAGACAGACAGAGGAGAAUGGAGCGGGAUGUCACCAGGGUUUCUAUUGUCAUUUGCACAGCCUUCAUUAUUGCAUGGUCACCAUAUGCUGUCAUCUCUAUAUGGUCUGCCUACGGUCACCCUGUGCCCAACCUUACCAGCAUCCUUGCCAGUUUGUUUGCUAAGUCUGCCAGUUUCUACAAUCCCAUUAUCUACUUUGGAAUGAGCUCCAAGUUUCGGAGGGACAUUUUCAUCUUGUUUCAUUGUGCCAAGGAAGUCAAGGACCCUGUGAAGCUCAAACGUUUCAAAAACCUCAAGCAAAAACAAGAGCCUUCUCAGAAAGAAGAGAAGUAUGCAGCAGAAAUGCACCCUGCACCGAGCCCUGAUUCUGGGGUGGGAAGUCCAAGCAACACUCCACCUCCAGCAAACAGGGAAGAAUAUUUUGGCAUUCAUGAUACACCAUCUAUUAACCCUGACAUUGAAUGUGAUAGACUGUGAGUUUUGUGGCC